CUCAUGCGCAUGCGCGGUGUGGUGUUUUUAUUUGCGACACAACGAAACGACUUACGACGGAGCUGUCCACCGCCUGCACAGAAAGGAAGGACACAGAGGAAGAGGAGACGUGUCUCCAUUGAAGUCGCAGUGGAACCAGCCUGCAAACACAACACGUGAGAGUGAGACCCCCCCCCAUCUCUGACAUGGCCAACCCUCUGAGGGGUGAGGUUUUUAAGCUGUACAAAAGUCUGCUGUACCUUGGCCGAGAGUACCCCAAGGGAGCUGCGUAUUUCAGGGAGCGCCUGAAGUCCGCCUUCAUGAAGAACAAAGACGUGACAGAUCCCGAGCAGAUCAAGAAACUGGUGGCCCGGGGCGAUUUUGUCAUCAAGGAACUUGAGGCACUUUAUUUCCUCAGGAAAUACCGAACGAUAAAGAAGAGGUAUUAUGAACCAGAAAAAUAAUUACACACAACUACAGCUUCGUAUUGUAUUUCUGAAAUGAAAUGCAGGCUCCGGGAACAGAUAACAAACUCGCAACAGUUACCCUCGUGCAAAUAAACUAUACUUGCCUCAUAAGGGAAAAGUAGGAAAUAAGGGAAAAGUGCCAGCCGGUUAUGAUAAUGAAGCUGUUACAGAACAGGCUUUGUGUCUCUAUACACAAAUUGCACCUUAAUGCCGAUAUUUUAAAACUCAAAUAUUGUGUUUAUAAUGAUGUCACGGUUUGUUUUUGCCCACUGUCAGAUUUUUUUUAAGUCUACGUUAACUCAACAUUUCAACAGGUCGAACAUUUCAACAGGUCGAACAUUUCAACAGGUCAAACAUUUCAUUAUCUAUCUUAACAUCCCGUUUGUAUAAUGGUUAUUGUUAAUACGUUACACACAGACAUCCACCUGGUCUGUAAGAAACUGUUGAAGCCAAGGUGUUAAAUGUAUAUUGUACUUGAGUGUAUAUAUAUGUAAAUACAUGGUCAAAUUUCUUGAAGAAUGUACAUGACUAUGUAUCUAGGUACUAUUUUUCAGAAAUGUACAGAUGUUUGAAAAAUAGUGACGGCCUGUGUCUUGCUGAAUGUUAAUAAAUUGCAGCAGUUUUCUUCAAUAAUUUAA